UUCGCCUCGUUGCUGCUUGACGCACUGAGGCUGACUUUUCCUUAGCGUCAUCACUAAAAUUUAUCCUUUCAAAAGAUCCAAUCCAAUUUUCCCCUCUGUCUUCACACUUCGAGGCCGCAUUUUGACCAGACAACAUCACCCUACCCAUUCCCAAUCACUGCCUCAGUGAUUCUCCACCGGAUUCCCUUCCUUGUCGCUGAAAGAUUUUCCGAUCUUCCAGCUCUUUACGCCCUCCAGAGAUACGCGCACACGCCUUUGCGCGUUUCGUGAACACAAGUCGCCAUCAUGGCUCCCGCAAAACCCAAAGCGCAGAAGAUGUCCGUUGGGACCUUCUUGGCCGACGAGACCUUUGGCUCCUGGGCCGAUGAGAUGGAUGAUAUCCCUCUGCCUGCCGUCCCUGAACCCCGUUCUAGUUAUGGCGGCGAACGACGUAUGAUGGGCGGAUAUGGCAACGACAUGGGAGGUUUCGAACGUGACCACCGUGGCUACGCCAUCAGAGAGGAACUUCCUAUGCCCACCCAGCCUCCUUAUACAGCCCAUAUUGGCAAUCUAUCCUUUGAGGCGACGCAAGGCGACAUCUCGGACCUGUUUGCAGAGUGCCAAGUGACGAAUGUGCGGGUUGUGGAGGAUAAGAUAACUAGAGCUCCAAAGGGCUUCGGCUAUGUGGAAUUCGCUACUGUUGAGGGCUUGAAGAAGGCCCUUUCGUUUCAAGGAACUCCCCUCCAGGGCAGAAAUAUCAGAGUUAGCGUCGCGGAACCUCCCAAAGAGAGACAGGACACGAGAGACUACAGCGACUGGUCCCGCAAGGGUCCCCUCCCGGAUGUACCUUCACAGCGUCGAGUGUCUGACCGCCCAGGUUUCGGACCGAGAGGCCAGGACUCUAUGAGCGAUGCUGGAGGAGACCGCCCUGGACGACGGGUAUAUGAGCCUGCUGAUGGUAAAAUUCGAGACUAUGGAAAUUGGGAACGCAAGGGGCCCCUCUCUCCAUCUCUUGCCCCUGCUUCUCUAGCCAGAGAAGGUGGCCGUCCGAGAAGCAAGGAUGGCCCACAGUUCCGCAGAGCAUCCCCUGCUUGGGGAGAGGCUCGUUCGCAAGAUGGUUCGAGGCCACCCCGUCGUGAGUUCCAUGAGAGACCUCCUCCAGAGAGGGCACCAACCGCUCCUGAGCUGGACAACCAAUGGAGAGCAAGAAUGCGACCAGAUCCUCCCGCCCCUAAACCGGCCGCCGCCGUUCCUGAAGCUGCUCCAGCGGCAGCACCCCCCGCACCUGCACAGCGACCCAAACUCAAUCUGCAAAAGAGAACUGUCGAAGCUGAGCCCGCAUCCCCAACUGCCCCGACUGGUGAUUCAAAGUCGAGCCCCUUCGGUGGCGCAAGACCCAUUGAUACUUCCGCCAGGGAGCGAGAGGUUGAGGAAAGACGUCAAUUAGCCUUGCGACAAAAGAGAGAAGCAGAGGAAAAGGCAAAGGCCGAAAAGGCUGAAAAACUGAAAGCCGCCAAGGAACAAGAGCAACAGGCAAAGGAACAGGCUGCCAAGACUGAAAGUGCCGAUGCUACCGUCGCAAAUGGUGCCAAGGAAGACGAUUCUGGCGCUUCUCAGGCUGGAAAGAAUAUCGAAAUUCUUCGUAGGGCUGAAGAGACGCCAGUAGCUGAGGGAUCAACGGAGGCAGGAGCUGCAGAUGAGAAGUCUGAACCCCCCAAGGAGCAGGCUAAUGAGCAGCCAAAUGAACCAAACGAACCAAAGGAACCAAACGAACCAAAGGAACCUACCCGCCAGCAGCCACCUAGCAAAGCCAAUGGGAACUGGCGAAACGGUGCCCCGCGGUCUCGCGGCCCUUCCCACGUCCAUGCACCACCCAGAGGACCUCAGGGUCAGGCUAAAGGCCAGCAACCGAAGGCUCCCGCGGCGGAGCCCGCGGCUUCUCCUUCCGCUGCAGAGCCCGAGGAGGAGGGUUGGAGCACCGUGAGCAGCAAGCCACGCAACAGCCGACGCGGAAACCACCGCGGAUAAAAAAAUCUUCGUUUUCCCCCUCCUUAAUGGUAUUAGAUACGAAAGGCGUUUGAAACACACAAAAUUCACGAACCCCCAAUACACCUUAUACAUGAUGCAACGUAGUCUUCCACCCUAUUAAAGCUUCCAGCCAAACAAAACACCCUGUCUGCGUCCAGCUCAGCCCAGUUCAUCCCAAUCUCGCGCGCUAUGUACCAUUGUUCUACGGGUUCGGGUCUUCCUUUGUUCGCCUUUUCCUUUUUCUGAUCCACUUCUUAUCUUGUCCGUGCUUCAAAAACGAAUCUGUAUGAACCGAGUUCUGUCUCUGUGCGUCUGUCUACCUCGUUUGUCUCUGGCGCUCCUUUCUUUCUGGCGAAACAAAAAAGAAAUCAUCUAUCAGCUUGGCCGGGUUUUUUUCCUCAUUGAUUUCUUUUCCUGUCUAUUUUGGCUAGCUCAAGCUUGAUGACGUUUCCGCCUCGUCUACCCACUUCCUUUUCCAACCCUCGCCUCUCCCCCGUUUCUUCCAGAUAUGGAGCUUUCUUUCUUUCUUUCUCUGCUUUCUUUUUUUUUUUUCCUCCUUCCUCAUUGCUGAAGAAAUCUAUUCGCCGUUUUGUUUUUGUAAUUGUGUAUCUCAUUUCGUAUUCAAUUCCCUUACUUUUUCUUUCCUUAACUACCAUCUCUGUCCUCUAGUAGGCUUGGUAAAGAGUUAUUUCCCGUUAGUUCUAUUCUGUUCAAGUUUCCCAAAGUUGGGCGCUGCUGCUUAAAUGACGUGAGAGUAAUAUCCUUUUUCCCUUCCCUCCCUCGCAUUCUUCCCUCUCUUACUUUUUUACCUUACCCGCUGUGAUUUAAAACAAAACCUGACUUCUCUAACUACUGCGCCUCUACACCAUGCCUUGCGUAUCUGGGUAUGUAGGUGAGUAUGCGAUACGGCGAAAUCAUUUUCUUUUCGAGCUAAAAAAUUAUGUUCCGGGGGCAUAGAUGGAGUGGAAAUCCACUUUAUUUCCACUUUUCCAGUUUCUUUUCGUGUGUGAUCCUCUACCAUCACAUACUUCCCAGGCUCAACAACACUCCAAUAUGCUGUCUCGAGGCAUUAUAUCUAUAGUCUCCGGAGGCUCAAUACAAGGAAGCCAGCAGGGAUGGAAUUAUCGCAUGAAAGGAGUACGGGGAAAACGGGAACGGUAAUUGAUUGGGCCCAUGGCGGUGGAGUUUUACUGAAUUUCUUCUCUCCCUAUAGCUCUUGCCUUUGUGUCAUUUUCUUUGGCAAAUAAAAUUGCAUUGUCUGUUUCCAUCAUUUCCUCUCUUGCCCUUCUCUUAUAAAGUUAGUGAAGACGGUUGAUUCUGGACACGUUCAAUGAAUUGAAUUAUUUCCGACAUAUUAGUUUACCAAGGUGGCCUUUUGCUCCAACAGCCAAGUCACUUUUUGACCUAUUUCUUUAUUUUGCCCAAUGCAGAAGCAAAUAAGACAUGUGCUAGGCAAUAAAGUGCAGCUGCAAGACAUCGAUUAAGACCCCGGCACGCUAGGUCAGA